AUGCCGUUUACGUUUCACCCUUUCAGCGUACGCACAGCUGAAUUUUGUCUUCCGCUGUCCCAGUUAGACGAGGCAUUGGGAGACGUCAUCGAAGCAGCCAAUCAGUACGCCGAUAAGUUUUCCCAGUAUUCAUUGCUUCCCAUCUACGUGCGAAUAGUAAAGACAGACGAUUUAUAUCUGAGUCCAGCCAACAGGAAAUGCCCGCAAGGGGAACAACACGACCACGCCUGUUACAUUGAGGUUCCAUUUUUACCGGGUGCAUUUGGGAUCGAGGAAUACCAUAAGACCGUGGAGGACAAACUCUACUAUAAGUAUAAUGGCCGGCCUCACUGGAGCAAGAACAACCACCUCACCACAGGAAGAGUCAUUAAACUGUACCCAGAGCUUGAACUAUGGAAAAAAGUCUUCAGAAUGUUCAACUCCACUGGAAUAUUUUGCAAUGAAUUCACGCAUAACAUGGGAUUUGACACAUGCAUUGAGGAUCUCGUUAGACUUAGGAACGAAACGACCAUUGGGAUUGAAAAUGACGGUCUUACAAUGGAAGAGGUCAUUACAGUUGAACCAAUUAAUUUAAUAGAAUGCUUUAAUCGCGAUAUAACCACUGCGAUACACCCGGAUGAAGCGUUACAUCAAUGGAAAGCUGUAUAA